UCAAUCCACAAGCCAGGCGUCACAUCAAACAACCCAUCGAACUACUUUAGCUACGUAAACCCCAAUGUACUGAGAUUCUCCUGGAUCCCCUUCAUGGAUAAGAACAUCACUCUGACGCCUGAGGUCUUAAAGGAAGUAAGAGUAAGGGGGCUCGGAAAACUACAGGUGUUGGAUUUACCUGAAAAUCUGUUGAAAAAGCUUGAAUCAGAAACCUACUCUGGGGUGAUGCGCAUUCUCAGUGAAAAUGACAAGCUUCUCAAGCUACUUGAAGCUGGCAAGCCAAAGAGGACGAUGAUACAAACAUACCAAAGAGACAGCAACAGGAAGCAUCCACUUCUUGGCAUGCAGCACCUCGUUGAAUGCAUUUGUGCCGGGUCGACUGAGAAGAGAUACUAUCUCUGCACGCUCUGCCACCUAACUUUGGGCACCCACAUGAUCAUCAAACACGUCCUGAGCUUUGACCACAUCUAUUGUUAUUUUAAAGAAUGGCACCCGUCUACUUUGCUGUCAAAGGGAUCCUACCAGAAAUACAACUACCGCUUUGCCUCCACAAUGCUUGAUUUUGCAAAGCAGGCAGAAUUACAGAGUACUGGAAACACUGAUAUGAAGCAAGUGAGCCUGGAGCCUGCCAAGUACACAUCAGUGAAUUUCGCUAGUUAUGCAGAAGCUUUGAAGGAACUGGAAUCCAUCAGAAAGGAAAACAAGGAGGACAGCUUGAUUACAGUUAUCAAACCAGGGAGCAGGCUGCAGCCCCACACUGCGUCAGCAGCGCCUGUAGUGCGAGCAGGGCCAGCAGCACCAGCAGCAUCUUCAGCACCAGCAGGGCCAACAGCAGCACCAGCAGCACCAGCUGCGUCUGCAGCAGCAACAGCAAGAGGAACGUCUGUAGCACUAGCAGGGCCAACAGCACCAGCAGUGUCUGUAUCGUCAGCAGCACCAGCAGGGCAAGCAGAUUCAGCAGUGUCUUCAGCGUCAGAAGGGCCAACAGCAGCACCAGCUGCGUCUGCAGCAGCACCAACAGCCUCCUCAUCACCAGCAGGGCCAACAGCAGCACCAGCAGCUCCAGCAGCUCCAGCAGCUCCAGCAGCACCACCAGCGCCUGUAGUGCCAGCUGGACCUGGAGCAUUAUCGUACAAACUACACUGUCAGAACUGCAGUAUGAGUUUUGACAGUAUGCCUAAGUAUUGCAAUCAUUUGUCCAAGUGGAAUCACAAACAGAUGUUGAAGAGGCACUUUGGAGGUGUUGAUGAUUGCAAAGCAGGAUGGAAACCCAGUCUGGACUUAUACAUGUACCACCAAGAGCGCUUGAAGCAUAAUGAACCACUUAUUGGUGUAUCCCUGGUUGUGACAUGUAUCAGCAAUGGAGAUAUGGAGAACCCUUUUUAUGUGUGCUUUGCUUGUGAGGACUGUUUUUGCAAGUCCUUUCGCAAACAGCACUUCAACUCCAUGAAACAUCUCAUAAACACCUUGCUGCACCAGAACCCCUGGCGUCUGCCUUUUGCGUGGGAGAACCUGGAUGUGGAAGUCUUGAGGUCAAUGGCAUGGGAAGAGGAGAAGGAAAGAGGACCAAAACAGAUGUUGCUGAAGGUUCUUGAUAUGCCAUCCUGGGAGUUUAAGAGGCUUGAUGGACUUAGCUACCCAAAAGUGAUGGCAAGACUUCAGCAAUACCACACAAUCUUAAGGCGUGACGUUCCACCAAGUGAAAGACACAGCAAACUCCAACAGAACGAGAGAUUUCCUCUGCUCGGUGCAAACUUCGUGGUCAUGUUUCAUGUGUGUGUUAAAGGGGUUCAGCUCAAAAAUAUGGGCUUCCUCUGUUUGCUCUGCGAGAGGAGGUUGAGCGGCGCUGAACAUUACGCUCAUGUGUUCAGCCGAGAACAUGUUGUAAAAUUUCUGAAGUGUUUCCACCGGGUCUUCGACAAUUCAAGCACUAGUGCAGAGACCUUAUUGGACUUGGCAAUACAGGCAGGAUGGUCUCACCUGUUAUCAGAUGUACAGAUAGUACAGUUGGACAAGCCCAUCUGGGAGCCAUGCAGCUAUGAGAAAGCAAUAAAGAUCCUGAAAUCUGCAAAGAAGAAAGAAGGAAAAACAGAGUUAAUACCCCCAAUAUGUCUUAAAGAAAAGCUGGUUCCUAGAAAAACCUCGGAAAAAGACAAGGACCGUGUGAGAGACAAUAGUGAGAAACACAGCAGGACGAUGGAGGGGUGUGAGAAAACUUUGAGUCAAAACUCCGACAGUGACGAGACAACCCUGAAAAAGAUGUCAGUAGAAGUUGGUGCUGAUGUCUCCAGUGCACAUUGUGUACAAAGUGGAGAAAACACAAAAAAGGGAGACAACAAGGAGACUCCCACACCAAGUGAUGAAGAAUCAAAGAGAGGAGAUGUGACCUCAAAAACUAGUUCAGAGGAGAUACAGAAUGCGGGAAGGGAGACAUGCCAGGGAAUAAAGGAGGAGAAGAUAAAAGAGCCUACAUCAAGAAAACCAACGGAUGGAAGUGAUGGAACAGAGGCCGGAAUACAGACAAGCAGAAGUAUCACACAGAAGAGGAAAUUCUCACAGGAGGACACCUGUCCUGCUAUAAAUGUAACACAAGAAAUGGACAAUAAAAGGCAGCGGCUCACCUCCAAAGAAGACACAUCUCAUAAAGAACCCCAAAAUUUGCCAAGUAACGCACAAAAUGUGUCUGAGCCUGUGGUCGUUAAAGCAUCCGCUAGUAUGAAUCAGCAACCAGGAGAUAAGUUGUGGCAGUAUCUUAGCAAGAAGAGCCGAGAUCCUGUUGUUGGCUUAAGUGCACUUCUUGAAUGCAACAAUGAUGAGCAUGACCCUCUCUACCUCUGUGAGUGCUGCUCUCUGAAGAUCCCAGAGAAGGACAUCAUCAGCCAUGUCACCGGAGUCUACCACCAGAGGAUGUAUCUGGUGGUGUUACAGAACCUCUCACCAGGAAUGCAUCAGAGGGACUCAGUCAGACAUUUGGCUGAAUUGUUUGAACAAGAAAAUGGAUAUGGAGAAGCUGAGGCUGUUGAUCUGGAUGAUGAGACUUUCAAUAAAAUCUCACAGCAAGACUUCAAAUCAGCCAUACAGACAGUGAAGGCCCUUAAGAAUCAGCAGGACAGUGGGCAUGAUCUUCCCUCGACCUCAGCUUCGCCUGGCGUUCAACCUACCUACCAGGACGACUACCAGGUGGUGAAUAUGGAGAUUGAUGAUGAUCCAGAAGACUCUAAGGCACAGCCAUCCUCAGAAACCACCUCCGAUGAAACCAGAGUCCCUCGUGAAUCAAACGAAGAUGUCUCAAUGACCCAUAUCAAAGUGUCUGAGUCAGCUGAGAACGUUAACACCAACAUGACUGUUUGCAGAGGUAGCGAGAACAAAGUCAAAAUCAUUUCAAACACAACUGUGGGACUUUUAAAAACAGCAACCACUUCCAAAACAGUGGGGACCUCCCAAACUGCAGCAGCUUUAGACUCUACUGUAACCACCACAUCCAUGACGGCCAUCUCCAAGUUUACAGACAAAUCUUCCAAUUCUACUCCGGACACCACCAAAUCAACGACACCCUGCUCCCGUCAUACAGCUGCAACCUCCAGCUGUACUACAACAAACACCAAAUUGAGAGAACCCGCCAGCAAAUCUACAGCAAGCUCCAUCCCAUCAAUGUCCAAACCACUUGAAAACAGAACUGGAGCUGCAGCCAAAGUUUCAGCAACUUCGCACAAAACUGCCACCGCCCCUAAAUCAGAAUCCACAGUAGUGCGUAAAGCCGCCUGCAGAACUGCUUCCAAAUCAGAAAACGCCUCCAAAAAUUCUGAAAAUGCAUCUAAAACUGCGGUUGCAUCUCAAACUAUGGGAACAUCUGUAGCCACUGCUAAAAUGUCUAAAACGUUGGUUGCAUGUGAAAAUACUGUGGCCUCUGUCAAGACUGCACCCAUGAAGAAUUCAGUGAGUUCGGCUUCUGAUGUUGCACCAAAUGCUGCUAAGAGUAAGGCACCUGCAGCUCCCCAUCUCACUGCCAGGUCUGAAAACAAGAAUCCACACACAGACCCAUCACAUACAAAGACAAGUCAAAGCCUUCCCAGAAUUGGCUUAAACCAGUUGAUUGCAGUGACGUGUCAAGGAAGACAGCAAGUCUACUGUCAGCUGUGUUCAGUCAGGUUGCAGCAGUCCAGUCAUACGUGUGAAUUUAUCCACGUGUUAGGCUAUUUGAGGAUGCGCUACCCUGGCUGGAUUGGCAAGACUCAUGGCCAAGUCGUUGAGAAAGCAAACCACUUGGCUGAGGUUGAGAAGGACAUAAGAUCCCAUGACAUCAAGAGACUGGAAGUGAAGAUUGAUGAGUACAAAGAGCUGGCUAGACUUUCAGAGGAUGAAGCUAUUGAAAAACUGAAAGAAAAGUUGAUAGAGAGAGACAUGGACCUGUCAUCGCCCUCCUCAACUGAUACUGCAGAGCCUUGGAGACAGCAAGUUCCCUCUUCCAGUCCAUGGGAAAUUUCAAGCCCAGAUGAUGGGAUGUGCAUGCAACAAAAUAAAGGACGUUCUACUGAUAUCCAGUCACAGCAAGAGAGGAGACAUGAGCUCCAAACGCAUUUGGUCCAAGUUUCAGAAAUUGAAUCCACUUCAGAAAAGAGAGAAACUCCUGCUGUGGGUCAAUCAGACAGAGCUCAGAGCAUGAAGAGUUCAGAGCCAGAAGCUGACCAUCUGAUUUCAGACCAGCCUCAUUCUUCUUUGAUUGUGAAUAAAAAUGAGCCCAUCGCAGAUCCUAGCACUGAAGACACAGGAAUAGCAGGGCAAAGCAUCGAGGGCAGCAGUAAUUUGUUUAAACACUACUUGAUGGUGAAGGGAUACGACCCUGAUACAGUCAUAGGUCUGAGCUCUGUGUGGGAGUGUCAAGGGGUAUUUCUGAAUCCAUUCUACCUGUGUGAGAGCUGUGCAGAGACACUCUCCAUCAGUGACAUCUGUUCACACAUGGUCAGCAAAAAACACCAGGAAAAUUACAUGCGGAGGUUGAAACCUCAGUUUCUGUCCUUCAUGGAGUAUGACCUGCCUGAAGAGCAUAAAGAGAAGAUUUUUAACGGCGUUGCUGAGAGGGUGGCACAACAGGAGCGUUACAACGAGAUUGAUGCGCAGGUUAUCAUGCUGAGGCCGGAGUUAUAUAAAAUGGUUCAGAAAGCUCCUUUCAGUGAAGCUUUAAUGAUGGUUCAAAAAAUCUACAAAGCAAAGAAAUUGAGCGUCCCCUGGCAAGUCAUCUGUACACUAGAACAAAAGGACCAGGAGCCUGAGGCCCAGCAGAGUCCAGAGGAAUCUCUUCCCAUGGAGACGCAGACAGAACCGCCACCUGAGACGGACCAAAGAGGAGCAAGACAGAAAACUGAGAAACCUCGUUUGGAAGAGAUGGUUGGAAAUUUGGACAAGGUCAAGCAAGGAAGAGCCUUGAGUCCUCCGCAUGUGACCAGUGUCUCCUCCACAACUGAUUCUGUCACGUCUUCUAUCCUUGGUGCUGAUACAUGUCUCAGUCCCCAAGACCAGCCAGAACCCAGAACCCAAUUUCCUCAACACCAGAGCCUGAUGCCAGAGUUGGAAGUUAACCAGGCAGAGGUACACUCAGAAUCCUUGUCCGACUCUGUUAUUAGUCCUCAAACCAGUCAGAUCCUGUCAGAGUCCCCCAGAGAUAAAUGCCGUCCAGCCAGGAAAAGAAAAGCUGAUGAAUCUGUUGAAACAUCCAUGAGAUCUUGCACAAGUAACCCUCAACUUGAGGAACCUAUUCCAGCCAAACAGACAUGCAAUGUGCUGCAGCCUGUCAGUCAUUCCAGCCCCGAAUCAGACACUGAGUCCACUUCUGUUAAUCCUGCUGCAGUCUCCACCCUUAUGUCUCUUGAGGACAAAGACACAGAACAAGACACACCAGUCAUGGACAUGACAAAGUUUGCAGAGGAUCCUUUUCCAGUCAGUCAGCCCAGCCCCGAAUCAGCCACUGAGCCCACUUCUGUUAAUCUUGCUGCAACCUCCACCCUCAUGUCUCUUAAGGAUGGAGACGCAGAACAAGACACACCAGUCAUGGACAUGACAAAGUUUGCAGAGGAUCCUUUUCCAGCCAAACAGACAUGCAGUGAGCUACAGCCUAACAGUCAGCCCAGCACCGAAUCAGCCACUGAGCCCACUUCUGUUAAUCCUGCUGCAACCUCCACCCUCAUGUCUCUUAAGGAUGGAGACACAGAACAAGACACACCAGUCAUGGACAUGACAAAGUUUGAUGAACUAAUUGCUCUUGUAAGAAAGAUGAAGUCUGAGGUACAUGCGUCCCCUCGCACGUUAGCUCCAAAUAAUGGUAAUACUAAUACCUCCUGUGCUAGCAAUUCCUCCGAAAGUGGUGUUGAAAGAGUAUGGAAUCCAAAUUCUGUGCAGACUACGGUGGUCCAAAAAACAACAAGAUGGGAUUUAAAGUGGGAGCUGGUUAAAGUAACAAACAAUCCACCCCCUUCUAACGUAUCAGAGGAGAUGUUCUCAACAGCUGCUCCUGUGGUUUUGGGCCAUGAGAACCAACUUGUCACCCCUAAUGCCAGCUCUUUUUACUCAGCCAGCAGCUCAUCUCCUGAGGGUUCCACUUCAACGCGGGGCAACCUUUUGUUCAGAGCAACUGAAGCCAAAGCCUUCAGUACCAUGUUACCAUCUGCCAGCACUGUUGACCCCACUGACCCACAACAGCAGAGAAGUGACAGUGCUCACAACAUCUUUGGAAACCAAUCCAACCCCAUUCCCAUCCACUGUACAGUCACCAAUGAUAAUCCAAGUCAGAUACCACAGCCACGAUAUUACACAGAGACUGACGGCACUGGGGUUCCUCAGUUGCCCAUUAACACCAUCGUAACGGUCAGGCCAAAACCCCCUGAGCAGCAGUUUGUGGUAGACUAUAAUGAACAGGGCAACACUGAGGUGAACAGGGGCAAUCAGGCCACUCACAGUUUGUCCACAGUAAGCCCCGGUGACCCCUCAGGAGGGUAUGGUCAGUAUAGCCAAAUGGCUUGCGUCACAACUGGACAGUCAGGUUAUUUGUCUUUCGAGGCUGUUAGAAGUAACCCAACGCCAAACACCCCUCCUGUAUAUGCUUGGAGUUCAUACCAAUAUGAAGGGCAGACUACAAGAGGGUUGUACUCAAGCCAGAUUCACCCACAGCAGGAAGCUAGCCACUCCUCUCUGCAGUUGUUUGGACAGAGUGGAGCAACUCCGCAGGUACCAGAAUGGGGGAGGCUGGGAAUGCAGCAGAGAGGGUUGUUACUUCAGGGGCAGUACUCCACAUGGCCAAGUGCUUCCAUGUCUGCUGAAGUUGGCUCCAUAACCAAUGAGGCUACUUGCGUUGGCACUGGUCCAUUCAUGAUUCCACCCAGCGGUUCACAAAUGAUUGACCUGAACCAAUACAGCACCAGCGGAUUCGCUCCAACUCUUUACAGCAACAACUUAGUAACACAAAAUACACCUGGAGUCAUUUACCAUCUCCCUGCAGCCAACACUGAAAUGAUGCCCCAGCCAUCUGCAAACCCCUUUUUUGCACCUGGCACAUGAUUUUUUACCAUAGGUGCCUCUGUGGUCAUCUCACCCCGCCAUGAAACUGCCAGUUACCAAAGUUAUUUCUGUCAUACACUGUUAUUUAUUGUUCUGUGUUUGUUUCUGCUAUACAUGAGUUUAAAUUUGUGCCUUUUUAAUUAAUAUUGAUUUUAAGUGAACUGAAGAUAUUUUUGUUUGUAAAUCCUUUCAAAAAGCACAUUAUGUUAUGUUACUACUGCUUGUUUCAGUUUUUAACAUUCCUAAAAAGAUUGUCAGGCAUCAUUUUUGUGAUGUUUGUAGUUUUAUAUUUUCAUGUUUUGUUCAUUUUAAUAAAAUGGAGAUAAAUUGUUGA